AGAUACUUGUAGAAGGAAACAUUUCAGUUAAAGCGUUAAUUGAUACAAUAUCUAAAUCCAAUACUAUUAGCAAGAGCUUGUUCGAUAAGCUUAAAGAAGAUUAUGGGUUGGAAUUGAUCGGUAAAGAAAUAAAAGGCUUAGAUUUACAGUUUCACUAUAAAGGAAAGUGGCAAAGCUUAGAUUGUACUGAAGUAAUAGACUUUCAAAUUUGCAAAAAUCCAUCAUUUGAUCUG